AGUACGGUCAGACAUGGCGGGCGUCGCUGUUUUGAUGGCCGUGUUGCUGAGCUCGGUGUGGGGGCGCGGUCUGGGCCGUCUGGCCGCCGCCGCCGCCGGGGAGCCGUUGGGAGGAAUGUCCCCGGUCGGGGGAGGGGUGUCGCUGGUGGCGGAGGAGUUGCUGUGGGACCGUUUGGUGGUUGGGCCCCUCGCGGCCUCACAGGGCGGUGUUGGCGGCGGCGGCGGCGGCAGCGCCCCCUCCUGGAGGCUGAGUUGGCCUCUGGCCUCGGCCCCGCCGCUGCUGGAGGAGUUGGCGGUGGACGAGAGCUGCCGGGAGCUGCUGCGGGACUUCGCCAACAGCUGCGCCUCUCUGGUGGAUUGCGCGCUGAAGAACGCGCGGCCCGUGCGGCUCUGCGAGGACUGCAUCCCCCAAUUCCACAACUUCUGGGGGAACUUCGACAACAUCUCGAAAAGCUCCGGGAACAUCAGCUGUUCUACGCAACUUUUGAGAUCCGACCGUUUGCAAUUAGUCCUUAAGUUAUAUAGAUUUCUGCAGGAAAUUUGGAGCAAAUCCAAUUGUGAUGCCUGUUUAAAUGAGAGCAAAACGGAACUCUCAGCGGACAGUCUAAUCUUCAAGAAGAUGCUGAAUAAUUCUCUGAAUUGUUUUGAACAAUACUCUUCGGACCACCCCAAUCAUAAUGGGCAACCAAGCAACCUGUCUAUUCUCUGCACUAACUGUAAAGAAUCUUACAAGAAUUUGACUGCCUGGUACAACAAAAUGCAGAAAAAUCAGAAUCUGUGUAUAGACAUUGAGGAUGCAAUGAACUUGACUCGACAACUCUGGAGCAAAACCUACAACUGCACUGUACCCUGCAGUGACACGAUCCCAGUCAUUGCAGUGUCAGUUUUUCUUCUUUUCCUGCCUGUCAUCUUCUACCUCAGUAGCUUCCUUCACUCUGAACAGAAGAAGUGGAAGCUGAUACAACCUAAGCGCUUAAAGACGUACAGCAGUGUUCUGAAUAUUCAAGACCAAUCCAGCUGUUCAUCUGCCAUCACAUAGUGUAGAGGUUAAAAGAUGAGUAUAUGCCCUACAAGAGGAGAGCAGCGUUUGUACGAUCAUUUCAUGCACUUUGUUUAUCAGUAUUUAAGAUACUGAAAAAUGUCUACUAAUGAUUUGUGUAUCCCCAAAUCUUUGAACAUUUAGCGUUAUGCUUCAACUGCAUACCUUGGGCAAAUGCAUGGAUCAUUGAACAGCUACACACUGAGUCUGAGGUAGAUAAGAACUUGCUUCAAUUUAGUGGCUGAAUAAAAGUUGUUUCUAUUGGCUCAGCAAGAAGUUCAGUUCUGAUGGGGAUGGAGCUGUUGGAAAAGCUUGGGAUUAAAGCUGGUAGAGCCAAGUUCUGCUGAAUCAGUCUAUUUUUUGGAAAACGUUAACUUCCACUUCAGUUGUUUUCAUUCCUGCAUCCCUUCAAUUUUUUUUAAUGUAUUAUGGUUAUUGCAAAGCAGAAAAUUGAUGAAGAAAAUUAAUUUUGUUUGAAUGAUUAGUAAAUUCACGCUGGGGCCUUGUGAAAUCUACUGGAGAUUGUCUCAGGAAUGAAUUUUAUUUUUUCUGGUUUGAUUUUUGCCUCUAUUUUUAGCCUUACUUGAUCCCAAAUAUUUUUUUGAUGCAGCACUGGAGUUUGCUUUUUUUCUUUAAAAAAUACCUUUAAUAACUGAACAAUAUACAGGGAUCAGUGUUCGACACUAAUUCAAUGGAAAAUGUUUUCUUAAAUACUGCGAACAAGAUUUAUUUGGAUUUGUUUUCAUGACUCAAGACCUGUGGUUCAGUGUGUAAAGGAUUACUUGCAAGAUAGUAAUGGUUUCAAUCAAAUUAAUUCUUUACUGAGAAUAAAUGUAAUCAAACGUACAUAACAAAAUCCCAAUAAAGUAGUCAAGUAUAGUAACGACAGUUUGAUGUUACGAUAACAUAAUAAAGGAGCAACAUGUGGACCACUAAUUUGACUGAGAAUAUUAUGUUGCCAUUUACAUUCCAUUAAUCCUUUGUGUUCAGUUAUUGACUUCAAAAUGAUUAGCAUUUUUUGCUAUUUUUGUAAUUUGUUUAGUGUUGUAUACUUGUCUCUGUUGUGUGUGAUUUUAUAAAAUAUACUAUGUAC